AUGGCAUAUAAUAAUCCUAAAAAUGGCCCCGUCCAGAUACAGAUCGUAUUAAACGGUCAGCCGAGCACAAAGCCCGCCCAAUCAGUGGGACGAUUCUUCGGAGCUUCACGUAUUUGCGUCACAUUUCUUCGAUUUUCGCGGCACGUUCGAGACGUAAUAAGCGGACGGCCGUCCCCGUCCGUCACCGGGUGGCCCCUGGAAGCGGGAUGGGGGCAGUUGGAGUUAAUGAAGUUUCUCGGCCGCGAUUCCCACAGGUCGUCACAUGCGGACGGAGUUUGCGGCACAUAUUGUGCACGUCCCGCUAUCACCAGAUAUUGCCCGGGUGAAAUGUUUUAA